UACACAUGAGAUGCAGCCGGUUGCUUUUGGACGUAGUUUUGGGUCGUAACGACUUGAUGAAGUGAAAGUGAAGUAAUUUGGCGCAUGAGACUUCUGUGAGUUGCCUGUCAUGAUGAAGAAGAGCAGCAGAACUAAAACAACAAGGCAUUCUCAGAAAUCCAGACAGGUUGACCAAUGAAGGGAGAGCCAUGAUGCUACAGCAAGUCCUUACCAAACCCCGGAGACAAGUUUUACGAGGAGCUGGUUACCUAUAUCAUGCUCAAUCCUCCUCCUGCCUUUCCAAGACAGAGGAGCUUUUCUUAGAUGCUGCAGAAUAUGGCAACAUUCCUGAAGCAAGGCGGAUGAUAGAAGAGCUGCCAGACCUCAACGUCAACUGUGUGAACUACAUGGGCCAGAAUGCAUUGCAGCUGGCAGUUGCAAAUGAGCAUUUAGAGGUGACUACGCUCUUGCUUAGGAAGAAAGACCUAGCUAGAAUAGGAGAUGCUCUGCUGUUAGCCAUCAGUAAGGGCUACCUCCGUAUAGUGGAGGUCAUACUGAGCCAUCAGGCCUUCGCAGACGGUCAGAGGCUGACUAACAGUCCCAGCCAGGCGGACACACAUGAUGACUUCUUUGCCUAUGACGAGGAUGGCACACGUUUCUCUCACGACAUCACCCCCAUCAUCCUGGCUUCUCAGUGCCACGAGUAUGAAAUUGUGCACAUACUUCUUAUAAAAGGGGCCCGUGUAGAACGGCCCCAUGACUACUUCUGCUCGUGCAGGACCUGCAGCGAGCAGCAGAGGUAUGACUCAUUCAGCCAUUCACAAUCCCGCAUCAAUGCAUAUAAAUGUCUGGCCAGUCCAGCGUACCUGUCCCUCUCCAAUGAAGACCCGGUGAUGGCAGCUCUGGAGAUGAGCAAUGAGCUUGCAGUUCUAUCCAAUAUUGAGAAGGAGUUCAAGAAUGAUUACAAGAAGCUGUCCAUGCAGUGUAAAGACUUUGUGGUGGGACUCCUGGAUUUGUGUCGAAACACAGAGGAAGUGGAGGCCAUCUUAAACGGGGACACUGAAUCCUGUAAAAGCGCAGAGUCCUUGGGCAGACAAAACCUUAUCAGGUUAAAACUUGCAAUAAAAUAUGAAGUUAAAAAGUUUGUAGCACAUCCAAACUGCCAACAGCAACUCCUCUCCAUCUGGUACGAGAACUUGUCUGGACUACGUCAGCAGAACACAGCUGUUAAAAUCCUUCUCGUCUUUGGUGUAGCUGUGGGGUUGCCUGUCCUUUCCUUUUUGUACUGGAUAGCACCAUCAAGUAAGCUAGGGAAACUCAUGCGUGGACCUUUCCUGAAGUUUGUGGCCCAUGCAGCUUCGUUUAUGAUAUUUCUUGUCCUACUGGUCCUGAACGCGGCAGACCGCUUUGGGGGAACAUCGCUACUGCCUAACAUGACCACCCACGAUCACCCCUCACAACUGUUUCGUAUGAAGACCACCCCCUUCACCUGGAUGGAGAUUCUCAUCAUAUCCUGGGUCAUAGGGAAGAUCUGGGAAGAAUGUAAAGACAUUUGGUCGCAGGACAUCCGGGAAUACAUCUCAGAACCCUGGAACCUUCUUGACUUUAGUAUUUUGGCCAUUUUUAUGACCUCUUUCAUUGCCAGAUUAAUGGCUUUCUGGCAUGCAUAUUCUGCUCAGUGCUAUGUUGACAAGCACUACAGUGACUUGUCCAACAUGACCUUGCCCUUUGAGAUACAGUAUUUCCAGCUGCCUCGAAUCAACUGGAUGCCCUCAGACCCACAGCUUAUUUCUGAAGGCCUCUAUGCAGUUGCAGUUGUGCUGAGUUUCUCUCGCAUUGCAUACAUCCUGCCUGCCAAUGAAAGCUUUGGGCCUUUGCAGAUCUCUCUGGGAAGAACAGUCAAAGACAUCUUUAAGUUCAUGGUGAUUUUCAUAACAGUCUUUGUGGCCUUCAUGGUGGGAAUGUUCAAUCUGUACUCAUACUACCUCGGAGCCAAGCACAACGAUGCCUUCACAACGCUCGAAGAGAGUUUUAAAACACUAUUUUGGGCCAUCUUUGGCUUGUCUGAAGUGAAAUCGGUGGUCAUUAACAUCGACCAUAAGUUCAUUGAGAAUAUUGGCUAUGUUCUGUAUGGGGUGUACAACAUCAUCAUGGUGAUUGUCCUGCUGAAUAUGCUCAUUGCCAUGUUCAACAGCUCCUUCCAAGAAAUUGAGGAUGAUGCUGAUGUUGAGUGGAAGUUUGCAAGAGCUAAGCUCUGGUUCUCGUACUUUGAGCACGGUGGCACACUGUCUGUGCCCUUCAACCUCAUACCCAGCCCCAAGUCUGUCGUUUCCCUCUUGCUGGGGAUAAGGGAAUUUCUCUGGGAUGUACCUAAAGACAAAAGCAAAGAAAAUUCAAAUGAUGAGAUGGAGCUUAACAAGUUGAGACAACAGGCAGAUCUGAGUGUGGAGGCAUCGCUUUGUCCAAGCCCUCACCAAAAUAUAAUGAAUCGCCUCAUCAAACGAUACAUCUUAAAAGCUCAGCGAGAUAAAGACAAUGAUGAAAUAAAUGAAGGUGAACUGAAGGAGAUCAAACAGGACAUCUCCAGUCUCCGCUAUGAGCUGCUGGAACAAGCGAACCACGACGUGGAGACACUGGCAAAACUCAUCAGGCAACUGGGAGAAGUCAUGCAUGUUCAGCAGAAAGAAGAGCAGAAGAAUGAGCUGGCUAUACAGUCUUCUAAAAUAUAAAGAUAAGAGAUGUAUUUACUGGACACGCUUCUCAUUAAUGAGGCAUUCGGUCGGGGUCGAAGGGCCCUUAGGCAAGAACACAUGUUGGACAAAAACAACUGUUAAAAAUAGAUAAUCCACUUAAAAUACGAAAGCGUUAGUUUUUUCCCCUUGGUGUAAACGUAGGCCUUUGGCAGGAAAGCUCAUGAAAUCCUCUUUGUCCCCGUAGCUGUACAUUUUAUCACAUGGUGGCACUAAUGGAACUUUCUUUCUUGUUGCACAGGCUCUGUUACACUAAUAUGCACUACUGACUGCUAACAUAUGAUGGUGCUGCCUGAUACCAGCUGUUUCUACUGUUUGAUUCUGAAGCGAUUUUUCCAUCUGGAGUAGAAAAGCAGUUCAGACGGAAAAGAGAAGCAUAUGUUUGGAUGUGUCAGUGUCAGGUUCAUAAGUUAGAGAUGAACGCUUGUUGAUAAUUACUGCCCUCAGAGCUUUCUGUAAAUCUCAAGUUAAGUCUUUUUUCAACCCGUAGUUAAAAUCAAUCAACAUGACUGGUGUUCAUUUUCAUACAGGACAUUAACUUUUAGAUUAGUUUAAUGCUGUGUUUUAUUAAAAUGUUGAUCACUUAAGCAUACUAUUUAAUUAAUAUAAUAAAACUCUAUGUUGAUUAUCUUCA